UGCUUACAUGCUCAGGAUUUAACCAAUCUCCGGAUUUGGGGCCGCGAAGGAAUUCUCAGUGAAGAAGAACAGAAGGAUUGAUCCACAGGACCACAGCUGUAUUAAACAGCACUGGGUACAGAAGUGUGUAUCCUGGAAGAGAGUAGGUCAGGAACUUAACAGAGCUUUGUCUGAUCCCCUUUGAACCAAGACUACUCCAAGAAGCGAAGAGUGAUGGCAUCUGUGUUCCAAAGUGUCGGGGCUACAGUUGGCUGGAGGAGCCACCAGCUACUGGCUGACUUUGAAAAUGAGAGCCCAGUGCCUGACAAAUUUAGAAAGAAGCCUUCUUCAAGCUCUCUCAAUACCCUCCGCAUGUCUCUGAGAAAGCGAAUGCCCUUAAAGCAAGUGGAGAUGAACCUCAGUGAGAAUCCAACUUGGGAAAGUCUGGAAGCGAAAGAGAAGCGACAAACCUUCCGGGCUAUCACAAGAACAGCAAAAAAUGCCUUUGGAACAGUGUCCCAGAAAAUACAGAAGUCCUGCCAAAACCGCACGCAAUCUCUAAUCAUCUCUCCAGCUAAAGCCCCUGCAAGGAGAAGUGGCAUCACUUGCUCUGCCAAGAAGAGAAGCACUUCACCUCGAACUCCUAGUCGGAAGAAUAGGCUGGCCACAAUGCCCACCCCAUUGUCUGGUCCCACUUGCACCCCCGGGUCCAGCAGGAGAGCCUCCCUUUCAUCCAGAUCUGCAAAGAGCUUGGUGGGGAAAGAAUGGAGGAGUUUCUCUUACUGGCUUGGAAAAGAAGCUGUCCCUCUCCGGAGAUCAAGGAGAGCAGCAGCUCUAAAGAGCCCAUAUUCAUCACCUAUGCCUGCCAGCAGAAAGAGAGAGUUUGACUGCGAGUUAGAAUCAGUCUCUAUGGGAAUUCGCCGGCUGAAACGUCUUUCUCAGGUGUUCGAUGAUGUCAUUGUGAGAGAGGAGAGAGAACAAGCCAUAUCCAAUUAUCAGCAUCUAAUGGCACAAAACUUGCGAUCUGUGCAUCGGUCUCGGAAACUCUCCCAAUCUGCUUUCAGACGGCGUGCGAGGAGGCUGCAGCAUGCAGUUGGCACUUGGACUGACAUGGCUUUAAACAGUAUUAACAAUGUGUGAGCAAAUGAAGGAUUAACUAUCUAUGGGAGUUGAAGGGGUGUAUUGUCUGUUUGGAUUUAAGUGACUGUGCUUUGAAUAAGCCAUUAACCAUUUUUAGAAUACUACCUUUCAAUUCAGCUCAGGUCUAGCUUUCCAUGGAUUUCUCCUGCCAAUGGUGCAGGGAUAUUAAAGUACAUCACAUGACAACCCCCAUGGUAUUGCCCAGCAAUGGAACAGUAAACUGAACUCACUUAACCAGCACUUUCAAAUGGGACAGGCAUGGUCCAGUGUAUUGAACUAGGUCUGAGCUAACUACUACUGAAUGAUUUUAAGGAAAGAUAAUAGUAUCAGUGUCUGACUCCUGAUCUGUGACAUUGGGGAUACUUGCUUCCUAUACCUCCCUCAUGAGAUGUUGAGGACUUUAAGUUUCUACAGAGCUUUGGAAACUAAAAAAGCACCAAUGCCUAUGCUUUUCCAAAGUACAUGAAUUUCAUUGAAUUUCAAUGGGAUUUAGUGGCCUUAAGUGCUUCUGAAGACUUUAUGCUGUGUGCCAAAACCAUAGUCUACAAAAUGGUGUCCGGCUGUGAUUUCAGUUACUGUGGGUUGACAUGGGGGGUAACUAAAAAUCAUGGAAUUCUGUAGUUACUUCAGAGUGACACUGGAGUUAAAGAAAUUACUGCCAAAGUGAAUUAAGAUAAAUUGAAUCAAGGCAACUUUAAUUCUGAAUGAGCGUGUCAACACAGGAAUUUAACACUGUUUAACUAAUCCAUGCCUUUGGUUUAUUCAGAUUAGCUCUCCGGAAGGUGCCUGUGUAGAUAAACCCUGGGUGAUUGAAGUCAGAAUGUGUGACACCCCCUCCCCCCCACAGUUCACAGGGUUCGACUAACUAAUGUAUCUAUUCCAUUUUAAUUAGUUUCAUUUUGAACUGCUAACAGUUGGGGCUUCAUUUAUCUUUCAUGCUACUAAAGACAUCUCAACAGUGAGGUAAAUAUUGCUCUUGGAACAUGUACACACAACUGAAGACACUAACAGUUAAUAUACUAAAGUUGGAAGUAACACUUGUUGCUUAACAUUAUAAUAUUUUUUUGCAUUGGCACUAGUUAAGUGUUUAAUAGCUUUUUAUGCUAACAUUAUUUUUAUAUCAAAAUAAGAAUGUCAGGCUCUAUAAUAGAGGUAAUCUUAGUUUAGCAAAAUGUUAAUUCUCUAACAUUUCAACAAA